UUGAGCAAUUGCAAACAGUAUAAUAUUCAGGUAGCCAAUAAUAACAUUAGCAACAGUAAUAAUAGAAGUGAUAAUAAUAUUAAUAAUCCUAGUAAUAAUAGUAGUAGUAACAGUAACUUAGAACGUUUUCGCAAAAGUAUCGACUUUAAAAAUCCAUUUCAGAUUCAUCCAGCUGAGCAUAUUUGGUUGCCAUCGUCAAGACCUGACUCUUCAGCCUCUGUUGACUCAGAAUGUUAUGUUGGAGACAAGGAUUGUCGUAAGAUAGGUGAAAAACGUCGGUGUGCCGCCUGCCAUAUCGUCGCUCAUACUUCUUGUUUUUCACUUCUAGCUAAGCUAAAUCUGAACUGCAAAGUGACAUUCCAUGAUCAUACCAUGAAGAAACGACCAUCAAAAGAAAUGAUCGACAGUUUAAGUAUGCAUCAUUGGAUCCACAAGUGGCGUCAUGAAGGUCGAUGUAGUAAGUGCGAGAAGUCAUUUCAGCAGAAGAUGUUCAACUUUCAACAGAAAGAGAAGGAAACGAUGGCCGUUGUGUGCUCAUGGUGUAAAGAGUCCUAUCAUCUGAGGAAUUGCUUUACUCGCGAGAAACUAGAGGAAAGGUGCAAUCGUGGUCAACUGAAGGGCAUUAUCGUACCGCCGAAUUGGAUUUUUCGUCUACCGAGCCGUCAUCGUAGUAGACACAAACAACUCUUAAACCGAAAAAGUCGGAAAGCUACUCGCCAAUUUGUUGUGAAGCCGAAUGACUGGUCAACGGGUCCAUCACAACCUCUAGUUGUUUUCGUCAAUCCAAAAUCAGGAGGCAAUAAGGUCUGGUGUUUCAAAGGCAAACUAUGCUUCGUUAACGAACUAUUCACUAUUUAUUCAAUUCUUUUUUUUGUUUUUUUAUUUCACAUAACCCAUUAUCGUAUCUACUGUGCGCAUUCCAGCACUUCUUCCACUCCAUUCGUUUUUUCCUCACAUUCACCGUCCACAGUGGUCUUUGAACAUUUCGCCCGCUCCUUCCUCCGCUGCUCGAGAAUUUCAUCUCUUUUAAUAAAUGUCGUAGAGUGCUGCUCGAGUUGA